GGGAACAUUGCUAGCUCUUGAAAGAAAAAAAAAUAGUUUUAGAAGUAAACUACUUACCAGUCGAAGUUUAUCCAAGUUUUUCAAUGAAAUAGACUAUUCAGGUGAAUAAUUCAACCUCAAUCCAUAGCAGUGCCAUUGGAUUCAAACAACCAAACUGUUUUCGGCGGAAAUGAAUCUAUUUUGUGCGUGAAAAAACUGAUUGCUUUACUGGAUUAUCGUCUGAGCAACCACCAAAACAACAUGGCUGACAAAGAAAGUUUUGUGUAAUUCUGUUCUGAUGUAAAAACUGCAGAUCACGGAACCAGAUACCUGCUUGAAGAUGAGUGGCAAUUGAAUAUAUAUUGUUAGUUAUUAGUGAAGCAAGUGCUGAAAUAGAAUAACUAAUCUGGAUUAUGAUGAACAAUUUCCGAGAAUCGACUACAUAAAUAUUUACAAAAUCGCCGGACUGAUCCUCAUAAAUGAAAGGUAUUACAUAAUUACUCAUCGAAACGACUAAGAGAAGCAACCAUGUCCGUCCUACUCCUGCUAUACUUGCUUCAUAUUAUUUGCCUAUCAUAUGUGACGACUAGUGUAUCAGCUGAAGGAUCUGUAGCAACUAUAACAGCAUCUUCGUUAAUACCGUCGCAAAAUAUUAUUACACAAUUCACGUUGGACAACAACUCAUACUUCACCCAUCUAACAUACGACAAACGAAGGAAUCUCUUAUACGCAGGAGCAACUAACAGAAUUUAUCAAUUAGACAACAAUCUCAAACAGCUCAAUGAAGCCAUCACGGGUCCCAAAUUGGACUCCCCGCAGUGUCAUGCUGGAGGAUGCUCUUCGGAUGAUGUGGAGACUUACGAGACAAAUAAUCACAAUAAAAUUCUAAUUUACAAUAGUGGAGGUGACACACUGAUCGCGUGUGGCAGUAUUCAUCAAGGAGCUUGUGAAAUUUACUAUCUGAGCGGAAGAUUCCCAGAGUCUUCGAAGUACAUGGAGGUAGCUCUGGCUGCAAACGAUGAGAUAUCCUCAACAUUCGCGUUCAUCGGACCGAGUAAAUAUCAGUCGUGGAAAAAAGAAGACAUACUUUACGUAGGUACAACAUUCACGAAUGUUGGUGAUUAUCGGCACGACGUUCCGGCUAUAUCAUCCAGAAAACUCGACGAUUUGAAUUACGCGGAGUUUUCGAUACAGCAGUCGAACAUCAACAUCGAUGUUAAGUAUCGGGACCAUUUCCUGGUGAACUAUGUGUACGGCUUCAACAGUUCCGAGUAUGCCUACUUCGCGGUGGUGCAGAAGAAAUCUCAUUUAGCGGACGAAGCAGGAUUCGUCACCAGGCUUACGCGAAUUUGUGUGAACGAUCCAAAUUACGAUAGCUACACUGAGGUGACCAUCACUUGCCUAGCCGAUGGUGAGGAUUACAACAUUCUUAGAGAUGCCAAAAUAAUACAGGCCGGGAUAAAAUUGAGCCAAGAUUUGGGAAUCAAAAAGGACGAUUACGUAUUAAUUGCGGUGUUUUCACCUUCGAAAGAAAUAACCAACGAGCCACAGAACAAUUCCGCAAUGUGCGUCUACAGCCUAACAGAGAUUGAGGAAGUAUUCAAUGAAAACAUUCAUUCUUGUUUCAAUGGCAGUAUUAAAGACCGAAACUUGGGUUACAUCUCUGGAACGAUAAACGACGGAAAAUGCCCUAUGGUGGGAUCAAUUGGAAACAUUUUUAGUUUUUGUCAUGUUGGGCUGAAAAUUAGCGGCGUGACUCCGAUCUUCGCCAGGGCUCUUUUCAAUUUUCCAAACGAGUCGGUAACCUCUGUAACCACUACAAACACGGGACCACACACACUAGCUUUUCUCGGAACUUCAGAGGGCUGGAUAAAGAAGAUUCUAAUGUCAGGACCUUCAGCCGGUGAAUACGAACGUAUUGAAGUGGACAGUGGAAACAAAAUUUUACCAGAUACCAUGCUUUCACCGAAAAAUGAAUUUUUGUAUAUUUUGUCUGAAAAAAGGGUUUUCAAAAUGAAAGUUGAACACUGUAGUACUUUCACCAACUGUUCAAGUUGUUUGGAAUCCAGAGAUCCCUUCUGCGGAUGGUGUUCGCUUGAAAAACGAUGUACUGUUCGGAACACUUGUCAGAAGGAUACAAGUACUGCCAGAUGGCUAUCAAUCAGCACUGGACAGCAGUGUAUCGAUUUUGAAAUGGUUUCUCCUGACAAAAUACCGAUUAAUCAAAUGGCUACAGUGCAUCUAAUUAUUCGAACUCUACCCGAGUUGCCGCAUAAUGCGAAAUAUAAAUGUGUGUUCGGGAACUCUACACCAAUCGAUGCUAAUGUCACUAACGAAGGUCUAGUGUGCAGAACUCCUCCGAUAGAUAAACGUCCACAACUGGCUGCCAGCAUGGAUCACAUACUAGUUCCACUGAGUGUUAGAAGUUCCGAAACCAAUAAGGAUUUUGUUUCUAGAAAUUUUGCUUUCUACGACUGUUCCCGCCAUGAUAGCUGUAGGAAAUGCCUGCGCAGUCAGUGGGGUUGCAACUGGUGCAUUUACGACAACAAGUGUGUGUACAAUACCUCGACGUGCCGUAAUUCCGGAAGUAUCGUUACCAACGAAAACACAUGCCCACACUUCAAAAAACGUUCGGAACCUAUUUUGCUACCAAACAAGGUACCCAAGGAGAUUAAGCUGGAAAUUGAGAACCUCCCCAGGCCCCAAAGUGCUCAUACUGGUUUCCUGUGCACUGUGAAUAUCGAAGGCGCCCAUAUGGUUCUCCCAGCACGAGUGGAAUCGAAUAAAUAUGUUGUAUGUGAAAAAACUCCGUAUUCUUACGAAGCCAACACCAAUGAGUACGAAGCUAAGGUUGAUGUGAAUUGGAACCGGAAUCACUACAUAGACACAGUGUCAAUUAUUCUGUAUAAAUGCGAUAUUUUAGGAUCACACAGAGAACAUGCAGACUGUAGUCUGUGUGUGACGCGAGAUAAGAAAUACCAAUGCACAUGGUGCAAUAAUCAAUGCGUGUACAACGAGACUUGUGCAUUCGACACGCAUUUGAAUGAAUGUCCGAAGCCGAGAAUUGAUCUCAUCAAGCCUCUCAGUGGACCCAUAGAGGGAGGCACUUUGCUCACUAUUGAAGGAAGCAAUUUAGGUAUUCGCGAAGAAGAUGUAAGAGGCAAGAUUAGAAUCGGCAAUGUUCCGUGUGAGCUGGUAAAUUAUGAAAUAUCGGUUAAAAUCGAAUGCCGCACAGGACCGGUUCCGGAUGAAAUGACAGCAUCCAUCAAGGUAGGCAAUGAAGCAGGGUACACUGAAUCCGGGGUACAAUUCCAGUACAAGAAUGUUCAAUUGACUGGAUUGUAUCCCACAAUGGGACCUCAGAGUGGCGGUACCAAGGUUUCUAUCAUUGGAAAGUUCUUGAACAUUGGUUCUAAGAUAAUGGCAUAUUUAGACGAUUAUCCUUGCCUUAUCAACAUCACCCAAGCAUCAUCUGGCAGACUAACAUGCAUAACGUCGGCGGCUCGGUCACCGGAACAUAUUAGAAUUCUGACUUUGUUGAUAGAUGGAGCAAAUCGUACUUUAAAAUGCAUAGACGACAAUCAGCACAACAUUCUUAGUCGCAACAACUAUCACUAUCACAGCCAUUAUGAAACAUGUAGCGUGUACAAUUAUACGGUUGAUCCGAAGAUAAUGCAAAUUAAACCUCUCAAGAGCUUUAUGAGUGGUGGAAGAAUGAUGACGGUUCACGGUACGAACUUGGACUCCAUACAAAAACCUGAAAUUGAAGUGUAUUAUGAAGAUGAACGUAUUAACAAAUCAAUUUGUACCGUACUUAAUCCAAAUCAAAUGGAAUGUCCAUCUCCAUCGGUAAACCUGAAGUUUCUAUCGUUUCUCAAGCAUCUAGAGCAGAUGACUGGUAAUAUGCAUAUUGGCAAUAAUCAAAGUCGAAUAAAAAACCGCAGAAGCCUCAUAACUACCGAACCGUCAGCCUUUAUAGCAACCGCCGAGUCACUGAUAAGUGACAAUUCGGCAUUAACCGUGUCACUGUUUUCGCCCACGCAGUUUCUAUCUUCAGAUGAGCUACAAACAACAGCCACUCUUCUCGACACCACAAUAAACAGGCUUAGCUCGCCGAUAGCACUCAAGAUGAGUGAGAGUCAAAUUGCAUUCCAGUUGAGUUUCGUAAUGGACAACGUUUUAUCGGUUAAGGAUCUCAACAAACAUUUCCAAAAUUUGCGGUCCACCAUGGUCUACGUGGAAGAUCCUAUCUAUUUCCCUUUCCCGAGCUUCAAAAAACUUUAUAAAGGAGACACUCUUGUCAUAGAAGGCGAAAAUCUAAACAUUGCCAGCGAUGAAUCCGAUGUGAAUGUUACAAUCGGAACUAUGCAGUGCAAUGUGACCAGUUUAGCUCUCACCCAAUUGGUAUGUACACCUCCAUCGCAGCAGCCCCUACCCACUGACGAAAACGGAACGGAGCAAACCACUCAGGAUUUACCGCUGGUUGUAGUACGCGUCGGUCAAAAUCUUCGUUUCCAAAUCGGUUACCUGAAGUACGAACUGAUGAAACCGUACACAUUUUCGCAUAUCCUGUUUGGUAUAGUCAUUGGUACACUUUUUAUCGUGGUAUCCUUAGUUGUUAUUUUAAUUAUUUAUCGACGCAAAAGCACACAGGCUGAACGAGAAUACAAACGAAUACAGAUCCAAAUGGAUACGCUGGAAAGUAAUGUUCGAAUGGAGUGCAAGCAAGCCUUCGCCGAGUUACAAACGGAUAUGACUGAUUUGACAGCUGAUCUAGAAAAUAGCGGCAUUCCUACUCUUGAUCAUGUGAACUAUAUCAUGAAGGUAUUCUUCCCCGGAGUAACUGACCAUCCGAUAUUGAACUCGUCAAAAUUCCGAAUCAACAUGCCCCGAACAAACUACGACCAAGCAAUGCUACAAUUUGAGCAGCUUAUCAACAAUAAAGUGUUUUUGCUUGUAUUCAUCGAGACACUGGAAGCUCAGAAAACAUUUAGCAUACGGGACAAGGUCAACGUUGCAUCACUGCUUAUGAUAGUGCUUAUGAACAAAAUGGAAUAUGCCACCGAUGUUUUGAAGUGCUUACUACUCCGAUUAAUCGACAAAUCAGUCGUCACCAAACACCCACAAUUGAUGCUGCGACGAACGGAAAGUGUGGUGGAGAAAAUGUUAACAAACUACAUGGCAAUAUGUAUGUACGAAUAUUUAAAAGAAUACAGCGGAAAUUCGUUAUUUUUGCUGUACAAAGCAAUAAAACACCAGAUUGAGAAAGGCUUAGUGGACGCAGUUACACAUGAUGCUCGAUACUCGUUGAGCGAGGAACGGCUACUACGGGAGCAGAUUACGCAUAGCGUCGUCACUCUACAUAUUAUUCAGGACGAUUUGGAUGAAAAGAUCCAAUGCAAAGUUUUGGACUGUGAUACAAUUACACAAGUAAAAUCAAAAAUACUCGAUGCACUUUUCAAAAAUACGCCUUUUUCGAUGCGUCCAUCAGUACACGAUUUAGAUUUGGAAUGGCGCCAUGGUCGUGGCGGCCAUCUAACAUUACAGGACGAAGAUCUGACCACCAAAACAAUAGGUGGAUGGAAACGUAUCAAUACUCUUGCCCAUUAUGGCAUCAAAGAAUCAGCUGUGAUGUCUCUCAUUGCCAGGCAAAACGACAAUUAUAAUAAUUUCAGUAGCAAACAGCCAUAUCCGAAUUGUUAUUAUAUUAAUAACUCUUCGUCCCACAUUUCUAUCAACGGCGAUAUGGUUCAUCAUACUCCAACGCUGCCACAAAGUCAUCUGCUGAAUUUUCAAAAUCAAGCGCAUCAAACACAUGCUCGCAUUUACCACCUAGUGAGACCGAUAGAUGAGAAGACAGCUUUUGGACAGCAACAGAGUCUGCACGAAAGGACACACAAAGCUAUUCCGGAAAUCUUCCUUACCAGGCUUUUGGCUACUAAAGGCACCAUUCAGAAGUUUGUGGACGAUUUCUUUGGCACUAUUUUAACCGUGAACAAUAUGCUGCCACCUGCCGUCAAAUGGAUAUUCGAUAUCCUGGACGAUGCCGCCAAGCGGCACGGUAUCAUUGAUCCGGAUGUUGUCCACGCUUGGAAAUCAAACAGUUUACCACUGAGAUUUUGGGUGAAUUUCAUAAAAAAUCCAGACUUUAUUUUCGAUAUUAACAAGUCGCCCAGUGUAGAUGCCUGUCUCAGUGUCAUAGCGCAAACAUUUAUGGAUUCAUGUUCCACGACUGAGUAUAGACUGGGAAAGGAUUCACCAUCCAACAAAUUACUUUUUGCUAAGGACUUGCCACAGUAUCGGGAGAUGGUUGCAAAUUUUUACACUGAAAUUGCACACAUGCCACAAAUUAGUGAUCAGGAUAUGUGCACUGCUAUGCAGCAGCUCUCCAUUCAGCAGCAGGAGGAGUUUGAUGUUAUAGCGGCGUUGAAAGAGCUUUACAUUUACGUAACAAAAUAUAGGGAUCAGAUCAUAGAUUCGCUCGAUAUGGAUAUACACGCGAAGAAGAUGCAUUUAAUACAUAAACUUGAGAAUGUUGCCUGCACUUUGGAAGGACAAAACUAUUUAUAAUACGAGACGUUCAAUGAUUGCGACGUUCGCAAUACGAUUUGGACCGGACGGAUAUUGCAGCGUUUAUUUAGAGAUUUGAUAUAAUUGGUUGCCAUUCGCUACCAUUUGGAAGUACUAUUUUAUCCGAAUUAUAGAGCAUAAGCUAAAAGUCUUGUGCGAUAGUAGCUUAGUAUCGAUUAAUUUUAUCGCCGAAGUUUAUCCAUGUGUCUAUGAUUAAUUACGUGCCAAGCUUAUUUAUUUUUAUUUUGUAUAUACCUACACUAAAUUGAGACAAAUAUGACAGCUCUCUAUGUCGAAGCCAUUUUUGGACUGAUUUAUAUGGAACUACAACACAGAGGCACUUGUAAAUAAGUAUUAGAAUGCAACUUUCCAUUCAUUUUAUAUGUGUAAUAACUGAGUCAAGCUUUGUAGUUAGGCGUUUAUAAACGAGUGGCUCUAGUGAGAUAAUGAACGAAGCGUAUAACUUAA